AUGAAGUUCUAUAAGAUGGUGGCUAAGAUAAAUCACGAGGAGGUCAAGUACGUGGUUAAAAUGCGGUACCUUAGACAAGGUAUUUCGUACAUGGUGCGUAAUUAUAUUCAAAUGUCACUGGUAACUGAAGUUAUCGAAAAGGCCCAAGGGCAUCACUGGAUGAGUGCUGACAACUCGUAUGGUAACACUGGUGGUUGGGAUACCUAUCAUAGUACAACGAUUCUGAUGAUAAUGAGACAAUUUUUUGCGUUGUACCAAAAAUAUAUCGGUAUUGAUGUUGAUCAAAAUACAUCAAAGCUGUUAAUUCUGAAACCAGUUAAACCUCCUUUGCGUCUUUGCAGUGGCUUGCAGCUUGAGGACAUUGAACAAGCAAAAAUUGAUUGUGGCUACCAGCAGAAGGAUUUUGGGAAGACGUAUCUCUUUUUGGUUCCUAUACUUGCUAAUAAAAUAAUGAAACGAAGGGAAGGUGGCAAAAGAAGAGUGAGUUUUUUGGUGUUGCCGUAUAAUGUUGUUGCAGUUGAGUUUGAAAAGCGAAUGGCAGAGUAUGUUAAUGUGAUUGGUGUUAGAAAUCUUAACUCGUUUGAUGGCAGUAUUGAUUUGGUUGUGGGGACAGUUGAGAGUUUAACAAAGCUGAAUGUCAGUGAUUUUUUUUUGAAUUUUUCUCAGAAUUAUGGUCAACAGUGUCAGCUCUACCUCAGUGUGAUAGAUGAGGUGCAGGUGUUGAUUGAAGAAAAAGAAUUUCGCCGGUUGAACCGAGUGCACUACCGGAUUUUGCAUUCAUUUGAGAAGAUUGUAAGUUUGGGUGCGACGUUGCCUCGGAAUUUUGCAACAGAGAUGGAGAAAAAUUUGUUGGCACCGAAGGUGUACAAUACUGUGAAAACUGAACCUAAUCAAAAUGUUUAUGUUGAAAGGGAAUUUAUUGGAGAGGACAAGAAGAGAGUUGGUUAUUUGAUUGGUGUUGUCAAACAAUUUUUGGUGAGCAAUAGCGAUGGUAUUAUAUUUGUGUACUUUUGCAAUCUUGAGAAGCUUAAAGAGAUUAGUCAAGAGUUUGAUGAUGCUGUUGUUAUUCUGUCAGAAACGAAAGAUAUCAAGAAAGCACACCAGGAUAUAUCAAAGACACGUUUGAUUCUUGCUACAAAAGCUGCUUCAGUUGGUUUGGAUAUUUCUGGUAUCAAGCUGAUAAUUUUUUAUGAAACAUUAGCGACUGUUCCGGAAGCAAUUCAGGUCAUUGGCCGGUUGCGUGGGAAACCGCUGUAUGUUUUAUUUCUCUCGGCUGAUGAUGAAGUAACUAACGGAAAACUUGUAGUGAGUGAAUGUUUCAAGAAACAAAUGUGCGAAUUUUAUGGUUUGGAGUGGGGUGAUCAUCGCAAUUGUUGUGGGCAACCGGCAGAUUGUACUAAAACUAUUGUUGAGCAGAUGAGAAAUGUGACAGUGGAAGUGCGUGAGAAGAGACAGCAAGUGGAAGAGAGUAUGAUGGACAGGGCCAAGUUCAAGUUGGGUGAAAUUAAUGAAAGAUAUAAAUUUAUUAAAAUCGACACACUUUAUAAAUGGUUUGGAUUCUAUUUAACUACUUUGGAUAAUAGCCCAGUGGUUCGUGUUGAAGGUGUGUGCAAGUGGUGCUUUAUGUGCAAUGAAGGUUGUUCUCCGACAUGGUGCGAAAGACGACAGAUUGUUAGCUUGGCGUGUCGAGUUAUUUUUGGUCAAAUGAGUGGUGAUGAUGUUUGUGAGAUUGUUCAACAAGGGCUUGGUGGGUUGCAAUUGGAAUGGGUGGUCAAGAAUGAUUUAGAUACAAUGAUCAAUGAAUAUGAUAGUAAACUCUUGCAUUGUAACAAGUCAGUAUCGUUUGUCUAUUCAGGUGCAAGUGUUGGAUAA